AUGGCACCGUGGGCUGUAUGGAUCCUCGUCAUAUGUGGAGUCCUGACCGGGCAGGGGUCAAAGGCUCAGGACUGUGGUAUAGCUCCUCUGAACACAAAGAUAGUGGGUGGUGUGAAUGCCUCAGCUGGGUCGUGGCCAUGGCAGAUCAGCAUGCACUUCAGUAUCGGUCCAGCUACACGGCACAUCUGCGGAGGGACCCUCAUCAGUGAUCAGUGGGUCCUCACAGCAGCCCACUGCAUCUUGACAAAUGUGACCAGUUUUUGGACUCUCUACAUGGGAAGAGAGACUCAGAGUGGCCCUAACAAUAAUGAGGUUAGCCGCUCUGUGUCCCAGAUCAUUGUUCAUCCAGACUACAACGACACCUUGUUCAACAAUGACAUUGCUCUCAUGAAGCUGAGCAGUCCUGUUAAUUUCACGGACUUCAUCAGACCCAUCUGCCUGGCCAGUAACUCCAGCCAAAUCCACACUAACAGCUCCUGCUGGGCCACUGGCUGGGGCCGACUUGGGAGAGAUGAGCCCCUAGUGGCGUUUGAUUCACUACAGGAGGUCCAGAUUCCAGUCGUUGGAAAUAAUCAAUGCACCUGCAGCUACAUGCCAGAGCCUGAAGCAAACAUCACAGAGCAAAUGAUUUGUGCUGGGGAGGCGGGUAAAGGAACAUGUCAGGGCGACUCUGGUGGACCUUUGCAGUGCCAACAAAACUCAACGUGGGUCCAAGCAGGCAUAUCUAGUUUUGGAGUACCUUGUGCACUGCCUGGUUUUCCCGAGGUUUAUGCUCGAGUUUCUGAGUUCCAGACAUGGAUCUUGGAUCAAGUGGCCGGGGCGAAUGUAGGCUUUGUGACAUUCACCUCUAGUGGCACCGACCCAGACAGCAGCUUUGUGUGUCGAACUUCUACAUUUACAACAACACCUUCAACAACAUCUGGGGCAUCAACAGUCACAGAUGAGAUAGUGAUGGUUAUCAUGGCAACAUUGUUCCAGCUGUAUAUUUUAGCUCGGUAG